AUGUACGGCUUGUUAUUUGAGAGCAUCCAACAUUUCAUACAAUUGGAUUACGGCGAAGAGGCCUGGCAACAAAUUCUAGAACAUGCAGGGAUUAAAAACAUGGUGUUUACCACCCAUAAGAUUUAUCGAGAUCAAAUUAUGUUAGAUUUAGCAGCAAGUGCUAGUCAUGUCGUGCAGGAUAAAACAUCGGAAGAAUAUUUAGGUUAUUUUGGAACGUGUUUUGUCGACUUUUGUGCCUCCUAUGGAUACGAUAAAAUACUGCGAACUGCAGGGCGUAACUACAGAGAUUUUCUAAUUGGUAUUGACAACCUACACGAAACAAUCAGAUUCAGUUAUCCCAAAUUAAAAAGUCCGUCUUUUAUUGUUGAAAGUGAAGACGCCAACGGAUGCACCCUCAUUUACAGGUCUGUGAGACAAGGAUAUACCAGUUACGUAGCCGGGCAACUGAGCCAUUGUGCAAAGAAAUUUUAUAACGUGGACGUUAAAGUGACCUUAAAAGAAAACGUAGUGAAAAAUAAUCGAACUAAUGCAACAUUCCGAUUAGAAUUUGACAAUAAAGGUUAUGACCACGUUAAGAAGGCAGCAAUUUGUCCUGAAUAUAGGACUGUCCUGGGUGCAACAUUUUUAAAGUUAUUUCCAUUUUGUAUAUUAUUUGAUGAAAAGUUUGUUAUACAGCAUGUUGGUGAGAGUCUAGCCAAUCUUAUUGGAAAUGUUACAAAAACUAAAUUAGAAGACCACUUUAGCCUUAGACGUCCAUUAUUUGAUUUUACUUGGGAAAAUAUUUUAAGUCUCCAGAAAGUUAUAUUUGAAUUAGAAGCUGUAAAUAAAUUUGAAUUGCCUCAAAAUAAAUCUAGUUCUUCCAAGAAAUCCAGCCAUUCCAAAAAGCUUUUACUCAAAGGGCAAAUGAAGCUCUUAAAAGAGUGGAAGAUGGUGGCCUUUUUAUGCACUCCUUUAAUAACUAAUCUAGAAGAUAUGCAAAAAAUGGGAUUAUAUAUAAAUGAUUUAAAUAUGUUUGAUAAUAGUCGAGAAAUGGUGUUAAAAGGUUGGCAUAAUGCCUCGCAAUUAGAACACCGGGUUGAUCAGCAAGUUGCAGCCAGUAAGAAGAUUGAAGAAAAUUUGAAACAACAAGAACAAUGGCGACGGAAGGGUGAUCUUCUGUUAUAUUCUAUGAUGCCUAUAACCAUAGCUAAACGAUUGAAAAAUGGCGAAGAUCCUAUCAAUACAUGCGAGACAUUUGAUUGUGUAACGAUAAUGUUUUGUUAUUUUGUUGGAUUUGACGAGAUGUGUGGGAGGGCAUCACCAUUACAAGUUGUUGAGUUUAUAAACAAUGUUUUUAUUGUAUUUGAUGAUGUGGUUGACCGACAUAAAGCUUUUAAGGUAGAAACAUUAGGAGAUGCUAUAUAUAUGGUCGCUGGUGGUGUACCAGACAGACAACCUGGUCAUACAGAACGAUUAGCUAAUCUAUCUCUGGAGUUUGUAGAAAAAGCAAGUGCCUUCAAAGAUCCACUUUCUGGAACUAAUUUGCAAGCUAGAAUUGGUAUGCAUAUAGGAAGUAUAGCAGCUGGUUUGGUAGGAAGGAAAACCUCCCAAUAUUGUUUAUUUGGUGAUACUGUUAACACAGCCUCAAGGAUGCAGUCCUACGGUGAGGCAGGAAAGAUUCAUAUUAGUGAACCAUGUAAAGAAUACUUACAGGAUAAAGGAUUUAUUAUUAAAUAUCGAGGCUAUCUGGAAGUUAAGGGAAAAGGUCUUCAAACAACUUAUUGGUUAGAGGGCAGAGAGGAUGAAGAAGAAUUACAUAAUAAAUUAAUACAAACUGAUCUACGAAAGUACACUAGAAAACCUCCUAGGUAG